AUGUUCUGCCGUUCGACGGGCCGCGCAGCGGCGGUAGCGAUUUUGGCGGCCGUCCUCUGCGUGUCAGCGCUGUCAGCACCGCCAGCAGCGGCCGAGGCCGCAGUCCCCAACAGCGCCGCGCGCACGGUACCACCCUUCGAGAAGUUUUUCGCACAAUCAUUCCAGGUAAGCGUCAUGACGCAGUCGUCUGGCGUCUUCAACGCAACGCUGCGCAUGCGCGCCUCCCCUAACUUCCCGGAGAGAGUACAGGGCGAGCUGAUCCCAAUCGGCGAGGCGAAGCUCAACAGCCGGAGGCAGACUCUUCUUCCGCACUUCCAGCGCGCCCGCAGCUUAGAGGACGACAAGCUCUCCGCUCUCUCGUUUGUCAUGGCCACCGGCUUUGGCCGACCAAACCGCAAAAAGAAGGGCGGCACCGACGAGAGUGGAAGCGGUCAGUUUGCCGUCGCCGGAAAGGAGGAGCGUCCGUCGCUGCUCAUGGUGGAUCUGCACCUUCGGCACAGCGAUGCGAUGCAGGGAACGGCGAGCGUGUAUUACCUGCCGGCAGACUUGAUGGCGCUGCGUGCGCAGCGCGAAGGCAUAAAAGAGGGUAGCGCGCCGCCGUCUGCGACGGUCGAGUUUGAAUUCCGCUCCGAGUCGGACCAUAUGACCGGCAACCCACUCAGUGACGUGCAAGCCCUUGCGCACGUCUCGGGCGCCGUGGUGGCUAUACGUGGCCGAAAUGGGGCUUCGAAGUCGUCAAGCGUAGUCGGUGAGAAAGCCGAUGAUGGGUCGGCGGCUGCGACGAGGCAGGGUGGCAUAAUUUUCCGCUGGAUCACUGAGCACGAGUUCUCGGCUCAUGUGACGCUUCCGAUCACCGACAAGACGGGUGCGACGUCGACGCACAUGGAGCAAAUUUGGGUCUACGGCUACGCCACUCCCUCGAAGGGGGUGUUUGAUCGCAAGCAACGCGAGGUGCCGCUGCACAACAGGUACAUGAUGAUCGGCGUAGGCCUCCUGGGCUUUUUCGUGCAGGUUGUCUCUGGUAUUACAGAAGGUAAGAGACGCGCACGGGAGGCAGCCGAUUUGGAGGCGACGGCGCAGAGGCGAGAGAAGGCCAAGCUGGAGGCGCCGCUUCUUGAGCAGGAGCGCAACCGCACGAAAAAGAAGUAA